AUGGCACAGGAACAUCGCUCACCGUGGUCACGAUGGGACACGCCUGGCUUUCAGUACGUGCCUCAUAUCAUUCAACCGGUCAAUAAUCGACAGUACGAUGCACCGUCUUAUCAGUUAUCAGAUUCUGGAGGCCAAAGCUUGGAGGGGGCUAGUCUGGUGGAUCAGAGACCUAGUGGUAGGUUUGUGUUUGAAAUGUAAUAUGUCAUGACAUUAUCUUGAAAAAUGUCAUAGCCUAUGAUGUUUUGUAUGACAAUUUCAUCAUAUAUGGCAUUACCUUAAGGAAUGUCAUAACCUAUAACAAUAUCAUCUUAAAAGUGUCAUAACCUACUACAACAUUGCAGAUGCCGACCCCAACUACCUGGACUGCAUCUACGGCUUCCAACAGACCGGCCAGCAGGUGGUGGAGCAAUGUUAUGUUGACUUGGGCUGUUGUGACAAUGGUUGUUGUGAGAAUGCGUCGUGGCAAGCCAAGUUCACGGCCGCCUUGGCCUUGAUUAUAAUAUUUGCCAUUGUGGUUCUGAUCGUUUUCUGUAUUUGGAUGUGCGUUUGGCUUAUGAAUCGAGGAAGGGACAAGGCACAAAGGGCUGAAUAUGAACAACAGAGCAAUGUUAGUCCUACACAGUCACAGGUAGGGUUACUGUAACAAUUGAAAAGUAGGGUUGGAGUAGGGGCAAAGGCAAGAGUAAGGGGUAGAAGUUAUUGUAGGGAUAGGGGUAGGAGUAUUGGCAGGGGUAAGGGUAGAGGUAGGGAUAGGGGUAAGGGAAAGACUGAUUUAAAACAUCUGCACCGUGCAAUACAAAACAAAAUUUUUUUAAAAAUUCAAAAAUUUAAAACUAGUUUUUAAAACCAUCAAAAUAUUACCUAUAAUCCUUAAAACCUCACUUAAAAAUUUUAAAAUCCACCUUUUCAGCUCAACGUCAAUAACGGAUAUGGAUAUUAA